UUGUGCAGCAGGCAGAAGCCAGCUGCUUGUGCAGCAGGGCUGGGAGGGAGCAGGGGGCUGCAGGUCAGAAGUUCAGGCACCCAGAAGUGAGGGGCACCGGCAGCGCUGGGAGGCAGGGGCUGCAGGAGGUGUCUGGCUCAUGAACAGAGCUGAGGAGGAGACUCCUGUGGAAGGGCCUGCAAACCUGGAGCCAUCAUGGACUUCCCCAGGGAGUUUGGGUGAGAUGGAAUCCCUGAAACCUGAGAAGGAGCAAUGGCCCAAGAAUCAGGGGAGACCCCGAAAGCAGCUGGAGAAUGUAGCAGUGAACCAGAAAAAUGAUUUGGCUAUGAGCACAUCAAAGAAGAGGAAGGUAGACACUGAACGCCGAGUAUUCAACAAAAAAUGGACCUCUAAAUAUUUUUUUACCGAAGUGGGCAAAAAAGCUUUUUGCUUAAUUUGCAAAGAAAGUCUGGCUGUAUUUAAAGAAUACAAUUUGAAUCGGCAUUUUGAAACCAAGCAUGCAUCCAAAUAUGAUAAACUGUCUGCCCAAGAAAAAACAAAGAAAGCAGAGGAGAUGGUUGCUGCAAUGCAGAAAGAGCAAAGUUUUUCCCCAAAAGCUUUGGAAGUACGGGAUGGAAUUAUGAGAACGAGUUAUGAGAUCGCACACAUAAUUGCCAAGAAGAGCAAACCAUUCUCUGAAGGAGAAUUUGUAAAGGAAUGUAUACUUAAGUCUGCUGCGAUUUUGUGCCCAGACAAGAAGGAGCAGUUUGAAAACGUUAGGUUGUCAAGGCGGACUAUUGUGAGACGUGUUGAAGAUAUCUCUGAGAAUCUGCACCAGCAGUUGAAAAGUAAGGUAAAUGAUUUCUCAUAUUUUGCACUGGCACUCGAUGACAGUUGUGAUGUCAAAGGCACAGACCAGUUGUUGAUUUUCAUUCGAGGAAUCACUGAAAAUUUUGAGCUCACAGAAGAAUUGGCAUUGAUACAGUCAAUGAAAGACACAACAACUGGAAAAGAUUUAUUGGAGGCAGUAGAUCAAUGCGUGUCAAAACUGGGAAUGGACUGGAAAAAAUUGGUGUGUGUGACCACCUAUGGAAGCCCAAACCUGGCAGGCAAAGACAUUGGAUUGCUCAAAAUAAUUCAAGACCAAGUCAAAGAAACCGAUCCAGAACAGAAAAUUAUUUUAUUACAUUGUAUUAUUCAUCAAGAGGUCCUCUGUAAAAGUGUUCUAAAACUAAGCACUGUUGUGGACACAGUUACAAAAGUGGUCAGCUACAUUCGAGCAAGAGGAUUAAACCACAGGCAAUUUGCAGCUCUGCUUGAGGGGUCUGAAUCUGAGCACACAGAUGUUCUGCAUGAUACCAGUGUAAGUUGGCUUAGUUUGGGUAACAUUUUGAAAAGAGUGUGGGAACUGAGAGCCGAGAUUGGUUUAUUUUUGAACAUGAAAGAAGAUUUGGCUUUCCCACAGCUGAAUGAUGCAGAUUGGCUCUCUGAUUUUGCAUUUGCCAUUGAUGUCACAGGCUACAUGAAUGAUCUGAAUUCACGACUGCAAGAGAAGGGGCUUUUUGCUCAUGAAUUGCAUUCCAACAUCAAGUCAUUUAUGAUGAAGUUACUCCUUUUCGCCCGUCAGAUAGGAAACAAAGAUUUCAGCCAUUUUCCUACAUUGCAGCAGGUUACUGUUUCUGAUCAAAACCUAAAAAAAUACGUGUCAUUACUAGUAGACUUGCAUGCUGAAUUUUCUUGCCGAUUUAAGGAUUUUCAAAUGAUAGAAAAAGACUUGUCUUUGGUCUCCUCACCUUUCACAUUUAAUGUUGACAGUGCUCCAUGUGACCUCCAACUUGAGCUUAUUGAUCUGCAGUAUGAUGCGUUGCUUGCGGAGCAAUUCCAAGCAGUGCCACUUCCUAGCUUUUAUGCCUCUCUCAAUGAACAGAAGUUUCCAAAGAUCAAGACUCAUGCCCGGAAGAUGCUUGUGCUGUUUGGAUCGACAUACGUGUGCGAGCAGACACGUUCUGUAAUGAAAGUCAACAAAUCGAAUCUUAGAUCUUCGAUGAGCGGGGACCACCUUGCAGCAGUGCUCCGCAUUGCAACAACAGAGAUGACGCCUGACUUUGAUUUUCUGGUUAACGCACAUCAGAGGCUUCAUUCUUCACCUUGAGUUCCUUUGUCUUUGUUAAUCACCUUUACAUAUGCUACUCAAAUUAUUUUUUUAAAUAAAAUUAAAAUCUGUUAUAGUAGAUGUUUAA